AUGCAACACGCCUUAGAACGAGCUCUGGAUCGCGCGGCGUGUGUCAUCGAAAGUGCCCAACAGAGACCUCCUAAAAGGAAGUACGCGUCUAGAGGGGAAAAAUCGGUCUAUGAGAAACUGUAUGACAUAUAUGUUGAAGAAUGCGACAGAGAGCCUGAGGUUGCGGAGGAAUUACGAAGCAACGUGAACUUGCUAGAGAAGCUUGUUCAGAGAGAGUCGUUGUCGCGUUUAGUGGUCAAUCUGCACCCAGGAGAGCAGGGAUACUCGCUGAUGCUCAGGGGAGAAAAUGGCUCGUAUUCGGAGACCAUUCGACUGUCUUAUGAAGAGGGGGAACUGCUCCAGUACUUGGAUGCAGAAGAAUUACCUCCUGUUUUGGUGGGUCUCCUGGAAAAAUCUCAGGUGAACGUUUUUCACUGUGGAUGCGUCAUCGCAGAAAUACGGGACUACAGGCAGUCCAGUGACGUGGAGGCCCCUGGUUACCAGAGCAGGUACAUUCUCUUACGACCAACCAUGCAGACGUUAGCCUGCGACGUAGAGUCCCUAACCAGCGACAGCCAGACAUGGACCCAGGAGGACAAACUGUUGCUCGAGAGCCAGCUGAUCUUAGCCACAGCUGAACCACUGUGUCUUGAUCCUUCUGUGUCAGUAGCCUGCACUGCAAACAGUCUGCUUUAUAACAAACAAAAGAUGAACGCUGACCCAAUGAAGCGCUGCUUCAAGAGGUGCUCGAGCCCGGCUCUGAGUCGGCAGCAGGAGUUGUCUCAUGGCCCACCUCCGCCCGAGCUAACGGUACUGACUUCUUGCCAACCAAGCAAAGAGAGUAACGCAGGUGAGCAGUAUGACCUCAAAAUUUCUGGAGCAGGGAAUUAUGUGGAUGUGUGGGAACAGAGACCCUGUGACUUGGCCGUACCUUCUGAAGUGGAUGUGGAGAAAUAUGCUACAGGGAGGAAGUCUGUGAGCUCUUAUGACUCCCAGCCAACAGGCUGGCCAGCCCAUGAAGUCAGAGAUGAUUCUGUAUUUGAAUGGGAAGCAGGUGAUCAGUACCGGGAUACAAAGAUGUUCUUCAUGCGCUCGCUUAAUGAUCCACUUAUCUCUGGGAAAGAAAUGUCACCUAAAAAAGCCAGAUAUGAGAGACAGCUGUCUCCCCCCCACGCCUCCAGAGGUGACCAUUCAAAGAGUUUCAUGCCUGGGUCGAAGACUGAUGCUGGGACGGUAGUCAUUCGGCCCGAGGAAUUGGUCCAGAAGAACAGCAGUUGUCCAGUCAAGGUGUCACACAGCUCCAGUGGCUCAGCCAGUCUCAGCCCACUUUCUCCAGGGAAGGAAACAGAACGGCCUAAGACCGUGCUGCUUCAGGCCUCAGUCCUGGGGGAGGAAGUCCAACCUCCACCGCCGCCCGUCACGCUGCUCUCGAGCUCAGGCACGAGUUCCUCAGCCAGCAGUUUUCCUCCACAGCAGGCAGGCGGCUUUCAUAAGUCUGCAUCUCCUGCUCCUGCUUCUAAGCCACCAAGUCUUCCCCAGAACUCCCCUGUGGAAGUGAGUCGAGUUAGCACGCUUCCUGCAGCCGCCCAGUCCACUGCUGGCUCAUCACAAACACCGGUGACCACCCAGGUCAGGGUCAGCCCCGUUGGUGUCAGGGUCAUCAAAGUGGUGAAUUCUGUUCCCGGAACCCACGCUUUGGGGAGAGCUCCCAGCCCCUCGCAGGGCUCUGCCACUCCGGCCACAGCUCCCGCGGGAAACUUGCCCAGCAACCUGCCCUUAAGAGGCCGGCCACCAAAAGCGCCACCCACUGCCCUGCAAGCGAAUUCUCAAGUAGGUGUUCGAGUGAUUUUAAAAGAUGCUCCAGGUGCCAGGCCCUUAACUCUGCUCCAGUUUCCACCAGGUUCGCUCAUUGUGAACACCCAGCAGCUGCCUGGGCAGCUGCAGCAGCAGCAGCUCUAUCAGCUGAUUCCAGAGCUACAGGGUCAGCAGCCCUCCACUUCGCAUCCUCAGCAGCUAGUGUCACAGGCUGCAAGUGCACAAGGUUCAGCCAGUCAGAAAACGGCCUUCUGUGCCCAGCAAGCUGUUGUCAUUAACGUCAGUGGAAGUUUUCUGCAGCCCCAGGUGAUUGUGUUCAGCUGCAGCAGCCGCAACGUCAGCAGCAACCACAGCAUCAGCAGCAGCCACGGCAGCAACAACACCCAGCAGCAGCAGCAGCAGCCACAGCAGCCACGACACCUGCAGCAGCCACAGCAUCAGCAGCAGCCACGGCAGCCACAACACCUGCAGCAGCAGCAGCAGCCACAGCAGCCACGACACCUGCAGCAGCCACAGCAUCAGCUGCUGCAGAUACAACACUUGAGAAUCUUGCAGCCCCCAGUGGCUGUGGCACCAGCAGCAGCCCAGACAG